AUGGGUCAGUUUCAAUGUGCUACGUGCAAUGAAAGCCAAGAUGCAGAACAGAUGAUGAAACAUCUGUCGUCAACGAGACAUAAGAAAAUUGAAGAUAUUCUAAGGGAAGAAGAGGUUUGUUGUGAAGAGUGUAAUGAUUCUAAUAUUCAUCAAUUGCAAAUUAUUCGUUUUGGUGGGUUUGAUAUGUUAGCUUUGUGUAAUUCGUGCCUAGAUAAAGAAUAUUCAGAUAAUGAAAGACCAACUACUUGUUAUACUCUCUCAAAUGGUUCUAUAUUAAAAAAUUGGGAUAAUUAUUUAAAAGUAAGAGAUUGUACUUGUCAAGAAUGUGGUGGAGAAUCGAAUUUGAACGUCAACACGAGGGGUAACAUUCUUUGUAAUCAAUGCCUGCAGAAAAAGGGUUCACCUUCUGGUUAUGAAUCUGAUAAGAGUGGUAAAUUCGUUUACCUUUUGCUAGGUAUAAAAGAGCCUAAUGAGAGCCCUAAUAGAAGAUUUAAAAAGGAAACUAGGAGAAAAAUGGGUCGAGGUAGAAGAGAUAUGAAAAGAUCGAAUGCUGGCAGUAAGAAAGCCAAGAAGCCGCUAACCAUUCAUGAACAAAUGGCCAAGAGAGCUAUUGAGAUUAAAAAGAUAAAUAAUGUCAUUGAAAGUGAUAGUUCUUUGAGUUUAAAGUCAUUUAAAGGUAUACGAGCAACUUCAUCCUCUACAAAAUUGGAUACAUUAAAUAAAAAAGGUAAAGAAAGUAGAAACUCAAGAUCGACAACAAGUUCGAAAAAAAUAUCCACCUAUAAUAAAUCCACGGAUUCUAUUUCUUCUAGAAAUAGUAGGAAGAAUUCUCCUGUUUUGAAUACCAGUUCUAAAGGGCCCAACAAUAAUGUUCAACAACAGAAAUUGCCUAGUAGACAGAAAGUGAAUAAUACUCCAAGGGAAUUCAAAUUUUUAGAUUCAUCUGAUUUUAGUGAUUCAGAAUUGUCAUCUUCAAAUAUUUCAUCAGAUAAAGGAAAACAAAGAAAUUCUAACAAAAAGAAUGAUAACUCUGACAAAAUACUGUCUGGAAAUAAACAGAAUAUUUCUAAAACUGGUAUGAAAUCUAAUUCUAACGUUAAGGCCAAGCCUGAGGGAAAACAAAAGAUAAAAACUCCAGAGAGCAAUCAUAAAUUAGCAUCUUAUAAUAAUCCAGAAAGGAAAUCCUUGCAGAAAUAUGAUAUUAAAGAAAGUGAUGAAAUAAAAAACAGGCCUAAAGAUUCCAACAAGCAAAAAUUGGUCAAAACAGAGGAUAAAAGAGAAAACAGAAUAACCAAAACACAAGAAGAUAAGGUUCAUCAUAAAUUAAAUGAUAACUCGACAUCUAAUCUAGAAGAAGGUAUACAUUAUCAAAAGUUUUUGAAAUAUAAGCCUGAACUAACUUACAAUGAUCUAGAAUCCUAUUUGAAUCAUUUUUCAUAUGCCCUGUUUUUAGAACAGAAGCUUGAAAAUGAAUACUUAGAAAACUUUGGAAUUAUAUGGCCAAUGAAAGCUCAAGACCAAGGUUUAAUUGCCGUUCUUAAACAAAGAAAUAAUGUCGAAGUAGAGAGACUGACAUCACCGCUUUUCAAAAAAAUGGGUAGGCUCCCUUUCUACAAUAGACAAUGUAUUAUGCUUUGUACUAAAGAUGAAUCGACUGUUUGGUAUACUUAUGUGAAAGAAGUCGAAGCUCAACGUGGUCAAAUUAUGAUUUUAUUGGAAUUAUUUCAUUGGAAUAAGCAACCGUUACCAAGAAAGGCGUCUAGUGACGAAUUUUACUUAUUACCAUGUUCAGCACAAGCUAAUAGAAUCAUGUUUGCAAUGACUCGUAUAAACAAUCCAAAUUUUAUCGAUUUAAUUUUGGGACAAAAGCAAAUUAAGCAACUUGAUUUUAAUAAUAGGCUAAGAUUUUCAAAUGAAAAUUUAAACGAAUCACAAAGGUCUGCAAUUCAACAUGUACUAAAUAACCAUAUCACGGUCUUACAAGGUCCUCCAGGUACCGGUAAGACUUCAACAAUUGAAGAAAUCAUUAUUCAAAUGAUCGAGAAUUUUCACUCCUUCCCUAUAUUGUGUGUUGCCGCAAGUAACAUUGCCAUUGACAAUAUUGCUGAGAAAUUCUUGUUGAAUAGACCAAAUAUCAAAAUUCUGAGAAUUGUUUCUGAAGGAAAAGAGCCUCAGUAUGGCCCUAAUCACCCGUUGGGCAAAAUUUGUUUACACAAUAUUGUCAAUGAACAGUUGCCUGAUCAAAUGAAACAAAAUUUAAGGAAGUUACGUUCUGGUAGAAUUAAUGAUAUUUCAAAAAAUCAGAUCAAUAAACUUUCCACGCAACAAACCACUAUUGCUGAUAGAUAUGUUUCUCAAGCUCAAAUCAUAUUCACUACAAACAUAGCAGCCGGUGGUAGACAACUGAAGUCCAUCAAGGAGUUACCCGUUGUUAUCAUGGAUGAAUCUACACAAUCUUCAGAAGCCGCUACUUUAGUUCCACUUUCAUUGCCAGGCUUAAGAACAUUUGUCUUCGUGGGUGAUGAAAAGCAAUUGUCUAGUUUCAGCAAUGUUCCCCAACUAGAAAUGUCCUUGUUUGAAAGAGUUUUAUUAAAUGGCUCAUACAAGAAACCACAUAUGCUUGACACCCAAUAUAGAAUGCAUCCAAGUAUUAGUAAAUUCCCAAUCAAGGCAUUUUAUAAUGGCGAAUUAAAAGAUGGUGUCACUAUUAAAGAUAAAGAGUUCCCAGGCAUUAAAUACCCAUUGUUCUUUUACAAUUGUAAUAAGGGUAGAGAAGGAAAAGUUUUUAACAAAGUUAGAGGGUCAGCUGGUUUCACAUAUAAUAAUAUAUCAGAAGCGCGUGAAAUUGUUAAAAUUUUGUAUAAACUUAUUUUGGAUAAGAAUGUUCAAAGGGAUGAAAUUGGUAUUAUUACACCAUAUUCUGCCCAGAGGGAUCUGCUGUCAAAUUUACUGGUUAACGAUAGUGUUAUUAAUCCUGAAAAAGUAGAAAUGUUCCAGGAUUUUGAUGAAAUUGAUCUGUUGAAUUCUAAAGCAAGCGGAAAUACUUUAGAAGGACCAAAAGUAAAUACAAUUAAUAUUAUAAAUGGCAUAUUUGUUUCUACAAUUGAUUCGUUUCAGGGUCAUGAAAAGAAAUUUAUUAUAUUUUCAUGUGUUAGAAAUAAUCCUGAAAAUAAGAUUGGUUUUGUAAGUGAUAAGAGAAGAAUGAACGUUGCAUUAACAAGAGCUAAGAAUGGUUUAAUAAUAGUAGGUAAUAAAGAUGUAAUGCUUCGUGGAGAUAAAACAUGGGGUUCCUACAUUAGAGGACUUCAAAAGGUUAAUUUAGUUCAUGAUAACUUGGAUGUAUAUUAA